GAGAGGAGAGAGAGGAGAGAGAGGCAGAUCCGGAGGUCCACAGACAGCAGCGGCGUGCAGAGUGCAGCAUGCAGGCUGGCCAUUGACGCUGCUGUUGGAUUGAACACACACACACACACACACGCACACACACAUACACACACCCCUGAGGAGUGUAUGAGACAUGCCCAGGCUGCUGUCCAUGGACACACACACACCGGCAGGGCACCCGAGAGGAAAUACAGCCGACCCCCGAGCCUGAGGAGCGAUGGAGAGCAGCGUGUUCUUUGGUAACACAUGUCAAAAUGGCCUCAUGCCUGCCCUGGUGCGUCCCACCCUGCCCGCCGUCCAGACCUCACUGGGCAUGAAGCAGUUUUUCCCGUUUCCACUGGAUACGGCGUCAGCCAUCCGCCUCUUCCCAGGAUUCAACACGAUGGACCCGGUGCAGAAAGCCGUCCUCCAUCACACCCUCGGCCUCCCUCCCACCGCAAAGAGGAAGCACGUCUCCUGCAGCGUUUGCCAGCUGAGGUUCAACUCACAGAGCCAGGCCUUGGCCCACUACAAGGGGACCAAACAUGCCAAGAAGCUAAAAGCCCUGGACGCUCCAAAGAGUAAGCUCAAAGGCUCGGUGGUCACCAAGGAAACCACCAACCAGGAGAUCAGCAAAGGCGUCAACACCUCGCAGGUCCCCAACGGCACCGACAGGAAAGAUGCUGUUCCUGGAGCGGCACCCCUGCCCCUUUCCCCCGUGCUCAGACUGGCACAACCCUUGGCAUCGUUGAUGGCCCUUACGACGCCAACACCUGUGGCCCCGCUGAUGGUGCCAAAUACCACAGCAGCCCCGGAGACCAGCGGAGCUGCCGUGGGGGAUGAGGGGCCGUCAGAGCUCAGCUCCCCCUCGGAGCCAGACCUCGAGCCCGAGGCCGAACCCGAGGCGGAGACGGACCCGGAAACCGAGGAGGAGAAAGCUCGCCGUCUGCUGUACUGCUCCCUGUGCAAAGUGGCCGUCAACUCUGCGUCGCAGCUGGAGGCUCACAACAGCGGUACGAAGCACAAGACGAUGCUAGAAGCCAGGACGGGCCUGGGCUCCAUCAAGUCUUUCCCUCGGCCGGGAGUCAAAAGCAAACUGGCCACGUCCACGAAAUCGUCAACGGGCCUGCAGAACAAAACGUUUUACUGUGAGACGUGUGAUGUGCAUGUCAACUCAGAGACUCAGCUGAAGCAGCACAUCAGCAGCCGACGUCAUAAAGACCGAGCAGCAGGUAAACCAGCCAAACCCAAAUACAGCCCCUACAGCAAACCGCAGAAAGGCCAGACAAAGCAGCCGAUCAAGUUGUCCCUGGGUAAGGAGCGUCAGUGUCAGCCCCUGACUGCGCAGAUCAUACCGCCUCACCUGGCGGCAGUGGCAGCAGCCGCCGCCCUCAGCAACACUUUCACACACCGCACAAACCACGCCACUAACCACGCCCCGACCCCCGCCCUCUUCCAGACACAGGCCCUCCCCGCGGCUCUGCUCCGCCCGGCCCCUGGGCCUAUCAGGACCUCCCACCCACAAGUCCUAUUUGCCCCUUACUGACCCGUUUGACCCUUGCUGCUCCUUUCUAGGACCAAACCGUGUGCUUCGCCCAGACCAGGUCAAAGAGUCGCGGCGGCAUCUUUUGCUCCUUUUAUGCAUCCGGGAUGCUGAACAUCUUCAUGCUGUGAUCAGGUCUUUACUACGUCUCACAUUUAAAGCCGAACCAAACUGCAGCCAAGCAUCCGGCGCUUUCCCACAAAAGAUUUAUUUCUCCAGUGAAAACCCUGACCACAGCGUUCAUGCUUUCUGUGCUGUGCUGCAGCCCAUGACUCAUACACGGACCCCGGACUUGGACUUACAGUGUCCCGCAAUAAUGUAUAAGACUAACCCUGUGAACUAUGCAGUGUCAUUAUUUCAUGAUGCAAGGCACAGUUUGAGCUAAACAUACAGUGGGGAUAUGCUUUUUGUAACGACAGAGCGUGAGACUGAGAUCAUUGCUUUAGUGGAGGAUUACUGUCACUCAUAAUUUAAAAGGCUGUUACUGAUCAUGAGAGCAAGCAAGGCCCUCCUCUGUUCCUGUAUGCACUUUAAGCCCUUCCUCUGUUGAUGUCUACAUUAGAUGGCUAGACUGUGUUAGGUUGUUAGAGUACGUGCUGUAACGUGUGGUUUUUUUGUAUUUGUCCUUGCAUAUCUGUGUGUGUGUGUGUGUGUGUGUGUGUACGUCUGCACAUGUGCGUGUCCAUGAAUGUGUGUGUGUGUGUGUGUGUGUGUGUGCAUGUGAGAGAGAGAGAGUGAGAGCUUCUCAUCCACCAUAAGCCAUCCUAGUCAGUAUCCAGCACACAUUGUCACUGAACAUGUCUCGGGCCAGAGGGACCACAAAGGCUUUCUGUAUAUUAACUGUCAGUGUGUAAAAGAUGAACAAUUUCAAAUAAAAAGAGUCCUAAUUUGUUAAUGCUGGUGGUCCUUUGUGG